AUGAGAGGAGCUGCCAGUCUGAGGGACUACUCUGGCGAGGAUUGGCUGCGUGAGGCGGGGCGCGGCGCUGCUAAAGACCGGGCCCAAGGGGUGGGGCUGACGCUGCAGCUGGCGCAGCUCAGACUCCGAGCAACCGCCGCGGAGCAGCCAAGCAACCACCUUCCCCUGCCCGUUCCCGCGCCCGGGCCGGGGCCGCCACCGCCGCCACCCCCAGCCCCGCAGGCGGCGGCGCCGGUGCCUGGCGGCUCGCCUCGGCGGGUCAUCGUGCAGGCGUCCACCGGCGAGCUGCUGCGCUGCCUGGGCGAUUUCGUGUGCCGACGCUGCUACCGCCUCAAGGAGCUGAGCCCCGGCGAGCUGGUGGGCUGGUUCCGCGGCGUGGACCGCUCGCUGCUGCUGCAGGGCUGGCAAGACCAGGCCUUCAUUACGCCCGCCAACCUGGUGUUCGUGUACCUGCUGUGCCGCGAGUCGCUGCGCGGGGAUGAGCUGGCGUCGGCCGCCGAGCUGCAGGCCGCCUUCCUCACCUGCCUCUACCUCGCCUACUCCUACAUGGGCAACGAGAUCUCGUACCCGCUCAAGCCCUUCCUCGUGGAGCCAGACAAGGAGCGCUUCUGGCAACGCUGCCUGCGCCUCAUCCAGAGGCUCAGCCCCCAGAUGCUGCGGCUCAACGCCGACCCCCACUUCUUCACGCAGGUCUUUCAAGACCUCAAGAACGAGGGCGAGGCCGCCGCCAGCGCCGGGGGUCCACCCAGCGGGAGCACGCCCGCGGCCCCCUCUUCCUCCUCGGCCGCCAGGGACAGCUGCGCGGCCGGAGCCAAGCACUGGACUAUGAACCUGGACCGCUAAGGGAUUCCCAAGGGCCGCGCCCGCCCCCACCUCCUCCACCCCAGCCCCUGACACGCACUCGGAGCCCCCGGGACCAUCAAGCCGCCGUCGCUGUUAUCGCCGCUCCACGCCGCGGCCAGAGGAGGAGCCGCCCCUGUCCCGCAGGGGAAGGUGGAGGCCAGGACGCCAGAGGCCGCGGCUCUGGAUUUGCUAGGCACAGGGUGGGGGGAUGCGCGUGGGAGGGGUCCCCCAACCUCACCCUUUCUGUCUCCCUGUGCCCCAUGUCUUCAAUUCUACCUGGGUCUCCUCCUUCCCUUCUGUGUGUCUCUACAUACAUCUCCCUUGGUCUUGACCAUUUCUCGGCCUCCGUCCUCUAUCUUCAUCCUCCUGUCUGCCUUCCCAUCUCCCUCUCUGCCUUUCCAUUUUCGGAAACUUGGGUGUGUAUUUCCGUCUCCAUCUUACCCCCGACUUGACUUUCUCUUAUUGCCCCCGUUUCUCUUUCUGCACCUAUGUCCCCAUCUCCCCUUCUUGUUCUCUUUUUUUCCUCCCUCCUGGCAUGUGUCACCAUCUUCCCUCCUGUCUGCUUCACCCCCACACCACCUAUGUCAGCUUGCAUUUCUUUCCCUGACUGAGCCCUCAUAUCCCCCUUCCCAGACCAAAGGGAAUAUUAAUUCUUGAUUUGGACUGACUGAGGUGCGGCGAGAAACUGCAGCCCUAGGAGCCUAGACAACCACCAGGAUGGUCCUUCUCCCCACCCCCACCUCCUCUCCUUACCUUUUCCAACGUGUUGCAUGCCGGGAGUUGGGGGGUGGGGAAGAUGCCGGCUUCAGGAGGCUGAGGUUUGGGAGCAAAAUCAACCUCGGAGGCCACCCCGGCGGCGGCGGCUCCUCAGCGGAAGGAUGGGAAGAGACAGAAAACUCUUCUUACACUGGGGAAGGGGCACCCCCUCUUCCUUAUCCUUAGGUGUUUUUGUUCCCCUCACCUUUUAAUUUAUUUGGUUGUUUCCAGAGGGAGGGGGGAGGGAUGGGUGUUGGGAGCUGUCUGAGGUGCUGAUUUGAGGCCGGACCGGAAUUCUCCCGGGAGGGUACCAGGGACUGGGUUGGGCCUGGUGCCGUGUCCAAGGUGCCAAUGAUGCGGGCCGACGGCGCGGGCUGCACUGUCUGUCUGUCCGUCUGUCCCGGAGAGAACUAUAAAGCGCUGGAAGCGCCUGCAGAUGG